AUGGCUCUCGCGGCUGAUCUAAGUACCCUUGCUGAUGCAUUAAUCACUUCAGUUGCUAAGAUAUCACCGGAUCAGAAGGGGUCUGCGCGUGUUCAGAAUCUUAAGCGUCGUGUACAAGGGGGUCUCAGAACUGGUUCUCAUACGCGCACCGACCAGUUUGCAGUCGCCAAGCAACUCGAGGGACUACAGGAAAAGUUUCAAAUCUUGAAUAGAGAUGAACUUGCUGAAGCCCUUCAAAUCCGCCUUGCGGAGCUGGAGAGCAAUCGGAACUCCUGGGUCCCAGAAAUUCUGAGUCUCUUACUACAACUCUCAGAUCGCCCCGCUGAUUUGUCAACGGUGAAACGUCCAGAGGAAGGGGCCAAGGCACCAGUACAAAAAGAGUCUCUUUCUUGGUCGGACCUUGAUGCAGAAGGGACGGCAUUUAGUGACGAAGAAAUUUGGGAACAGGUAGACUUUGCUGGGGACUCAUCAGAUGACGACUUUUCAUCGGUUGCCAGUGAUCUAUCUCUUCCUAAGCACAGGCCUCAGUCCGCCACAACGGUGGACGAAGGGUACGCUAUUCCAGAUGACGUUUUUGUUCAGACAGAGGAUGAGGAUCUUGUUGCUUCUCUAGCAAAAGCUCAGUUUUGGAGAGCGGAAAAUCACCCUUCGUUGCCCCAAGGAGACGCAGCCGCCUCGCGACUUAUCACAGAAUCUCAAUUUGCUAGAGAGACUAUCUUUAUGCUUCAAGGUCUCCCAACGUCCAUUUAUGUAUGUUUGGACGACGAUUUCGGAGUGGAUCAAAGAUACAUGCUCGGGCAUUCAUCCAGGGAAUCCCUGGAAUCGCUUUUGCGGUGUUUUAGCGAGAUAGGCGCCAAACUAAGCACUAUACGGUGUUUCACCAAGCUCUCGCAGACGAUACCAUAUAUGCAAACAUUUUGCCGGGGCUUAGAAGAGCGUCUUCUUGAAUUUGAUAGAGUCUUAUCUCAAGUUCAGUGCAAAUACCUUUCCGCUGGGUCGACUAUCAGUCUUAUCCAACUUCUUGUUGACGUUCGUCAACACUCUCACGAGCUGGUAUUGCUCGCAGAAAUGAUCACCAAGCUAGGCCAAAAUUCGGCUGAUCAGCCAAUGCGCUGCCUUGAUUUAUUAUACGACUUAAUAUGCAUGUUGGAGGCCAUUGGUGACGAAAGUUCGUCUCAACAUCUGGCAGAGCUAUUCUUUAUGUGUUUCAAAACAUAUUCAAGCUCAAUUCGACUCUGGAUGGAGACAGGUCAGGUCGAUGCUUCGGACAACACUUUUUUCGUGCGAACCAAUGGUGAUCACAGUGAUCUACGAACUCUCUGGCAUGACUGGUUUGUGUUUGAUACGGGCAACAGGCAGCAGAAGAUUCCUCAGUUCCUCGAGGCUAGUGUGCAGAAAGUUUUCACGGCGGGGAAGAGCAUGGUAUUUCUGCACCAUCUAAAUUCGCCACCAGACAUUGAAGUCAUGAGAUUCGAAGACCUAUAUUCCAAGGACUCUUCGCUUCCUUUCCCUGCAUUAGUAGAGUCUACUUUCGAAAAACUCGUGGAUGUGGAUCAUUCACUCAGUGCUAGCUUAUUACGAACGGAACUCGACCAACAAUGCGGAUUAUGGACCUCCCUUGACGCUCUUCAGCAUGUCUAUCUCGCCAAAGAUAUGAGCGCCGUCAGUAUGGUUGAUGCCAAAAUCUUUGAACUGAUCGAUCGUGGUCGUUCCUGGGAUGACAGGUUCCUGCUCACUGAGAUAUCAAGGACGGCUUUCAGUUCAGUGUCCGUCAUCGACACCUCAAGACUCUCUAUGCGGCCAGCCAGUACUCCAUCUCAGGCUUCUCAGAAUAAUCAUCGAACUGUGGGGAUUCUAGAAGCAAUUUCAAUUGAUUAUGGUCUCCCAUGGCCUAUUGCGAAUAUAAUCGCCGAGGAUGCAAUACACUCUUAUCAACGGAUCUCAACCUUCCUGAUGCAAAUUAGGCGCGCUAAAUAUGCAAUUGUGAAACAGCGUAUACGCGACGCCCGGAUUAUCACACCUGACGACAAUGACAAAUUGGUGCAUGCUCUACACCAUAACAUGCUAUGGGUUCUCGAUUUCAUCUACGGCCAUCUGACCUACCUUGUCAUUUCCACGGCAACUCAGUCUCUGCACAAAGAUUUAUCUGGCGCACAGGAUGUUGACGCCAUGAUAGCCGCGCACCAAUCCUACAUGUCCUCUUUGGAAGCCCAGUGCCUCCUCUCUAGAGAUCUAUCACAUAUCCAUGAUGCGAUCAUCAAUUUCCUAGAUUUGUGUGUUCAUUACGCAGAUCUGCAAGCCGUGCACUUGCUUGGCGAUGAAGACCAACACCUAGAGAAUCUAAAGGCGCCGCGCACAAAUCGAGGCUCAAAAGAUGAGUUCGACUCCGAUGACGAUGAUGAUGACUACGAUGAUAUGACCCACGAACAUACACUCACAGUCUCAUUCCGUGACUCGACCUACAGCCAGCAAAUGAGAAUGGUUAAUAGCCACUUCAGUCAUCUGACAUCCUUCAUCACGGAUGGGUUGAAAACGCUAGCUAAUGCAGAUGGACUUGAAAGUUGGCAUAUUCUUGCCGACAGACUUGAAUGGAGGCGCAAUUGGCGUAGGCUGUGA